UGGUGGGAUCGUGAUGCGGAUCGGAGCGAAGUCGUCAGUAUUAUUGGAAGGAUUUUAAGGAUUUGUUCCAAGUUUAUAAGCGGUUCCGGCGCCUUUUUUCUCGCCAGUUUGACCUGGACUGAUGCGCGUUUGGAGGCUGCGCGUCUGUUUUGGUGAAAAAGAGGUCCGGAGUUUGUCUUUUGACAGCUGCUCCGCUGACAAACAUCAGUGACCAGGAGGUGAGCUGUCACCAUCCGUUCAGCUGCCUGAGGAGUGACCAGCUGUGCAGCUGUACAUCCUGACUGUGUCUGCCUUCAUCUGUGUGUCUGAGGGUCCAUGAGGACUUGGAGGGGACUUGACUGGAGGGUCCCCUGCUGACCCCUCAGAUCCAGAGAUAUCCGCUCUGACUCCCCGUUUCCCGACGGCUUUUCUGUACCCUUUUUUGUGGAGACCCCUGCCUGUCUGAGCUGUCACCAUGGCCAGCCUGGUGAUCAAUGAAACUGGAAUGGAAGACUGUGGGAUUGAUGACUCCUUCAAGUACGACUUGUACUCGGCAGUUUACAGCGUGGUCUUUGUUUUAGGUCUGAUAACCAACUGUGCAGCUCUCUUUGUAUUCUGCUUCCGGAUGAAGAUGCGCAACGAGACCACAAUGUUUAUGACUAACUUAGCAUUUUCUGAUUUAGUGUUUGUAUUUACGCUGCCGUUCAAAGUCUUCUACAAUGUGAACCGCCACUGGCCAUUUGGAGAUGGCUUGUGUAAGGUUUCAGGAACGGCCUUCAUCACUAACAUCUAUGGCAGCAUGCUCUUCCUCACUUGCAUCAGUGUGGAUCGCUUCCUGGCAAUAGUGUACCCGCUCCGCUCACGCUCCAUCCGAACGCGCAGGAAUGCAGCGCUGGUGUGUGCGGCUGUUUGGCUGACCAUUGUGGGCGGGGGAAUAUCAGUGACCUUCUUCUCCACCAUUAACAGCAAACACAGAGCCACCACAUGCUUCGAGGGCUUUUCAAAGAGCACCUGGAAGACCUACCUGUCCAAAAUCACCAUCUUCAUUGAGAUUGUGGGUUUCCUCCUCCCUCUUUUGGCCAACUUGGUGUGUUCCUCGCUGGUUCUGCGGACGCUGCGUCGCCCAGUAACCACUGGCCACGGAUGUGAAAGCAAGAAACGUGUUCUGCGGAUGAUUUUGGUCCAUUUAGCCAUCUUCAUCAUCUGCUUUGUCCCUUAUAACUCCAUCCUCUUCCUCUAUGCCCUGGUGCGAACCCAGGCCCUGUCUAACUGUGCUGUGGAGCGCUUUGCUAGAACACUUUACCCCAUCACUCUGUGCUUGGCCAGUCUCAACUGCUGCCUGGAUCCUGUGGUCUACUACUUCACCUCGGAGAGCUUUCAGAAGAGUCUAACCAUGGGAGGCAAAGGGGCACUCACUCGUCCUGAGAGCAUCCCUUGCAGCGACAUUGAAACCCAAGACACAACAAACACUGUCACCAGUGACACGCACACUCCGGCCAAGAACGGAAAAGAGACAGUGAUUACAGACACUCAGUUCUGACAUGGCACAAAUAAAAGAAAAAAAAGAAAGAAAGAAAAACUCUGAACUUGAAAAAUAAAGCAAUCAGCUGUUUGAUCCUGGAAGUGGCAAACAAAUAGCUCACCAGAUUAGCUAAGCCCAGAGGUAAGUCCCAAGGUAUGGCCUGGGCUUUACGGAUUAAUCCAACACUGGAGAACAGAGGAAUGUAUCUUUGUUGGUUAUGAGAGAACACUGCAGGGAACCCAGAUCCAGCCACACCGGGACUACUGUGAUAGUCCAGAGACACACAGAGCCUCUAAAAGAGACUCCAGCACAUCAUCAUCAUCAGGCUUAAUGCACAAAAACAAUGGACUGAAACGCACUGCACACUGCAUAGGAUGGAGAUUUCUGUCCAGCUUGUUGGAAUGUGUUGUUAAAUACUUUUGUAACACAGGAGUCCUUAAAUUUUUAUAUGAGAAAGUUAAAGCGUUCACACUGCAUGUAACAUUUAAGAAAGUGUCUCCAUUCCAGUCCUGAAGCACCACUGCCCUGCAUGUUGUAAAUGUUUUUCUACUCCAACACACUUGAUUCAUAUUAAUGGUCCUCAUCAAGUUAUUUGCAAGCCUGUUAAUGAGCCAUUUAUUGCAGUGUGGUGUGUUAUAGUACAGAAACAUCUAAAACAUGCAGGGCAGCACUACUUGAAGACAUUAAUGUUAUGACACUCUUUGCUGUGGUGAGAUCUGUUAUUGAUACUGUAUAACACGAUGUUGUGUUGACCUGCUGAGUUUGAUGAUACUAAAUGUUUGUUUUGAAUUUUUUCUGGCUACAUUUAUUAUUUCUGUCCCCGUACUCUCAGUCAUACUCCCACCCUCCCACCCUCGGUGACCAGGACUGUAAAUCUGAAUAGCAAGGAGUUUCAACUCUGAUGUGAGCACGCUCCCGGGGAAAAAGGACAGCCCAGACGUUUUUUUUCAAGGACCUUGGCCUGUGUGCUGUGUCACAGGCCAAAUGCUUAUUAUGACUGCAGCAAUGGUACAUUGUUUGCUUCUGAAUGAGGGCUCUCUGUCUUAAUCUGGCCUUAGACUGCAGAUCUGCUCAAAAUCUCUUACACGCAACAAAUAUGCUCACAUUCCAAAGUACAGAUGAACACUCUUGACUGUUUACCCGAAAUCACCGUCUUACACAACACGGAGCACAAAGCAGCAACAUGAGUCAGCGAGUCCAGCAGUGUGGGGAUUGCUGAAACUGCUGAAUAUAACAUUUGCAGAACACAGUGACACAUUUUUUUUUUCCACACAGUUUUAGUUAGAUGCAGGAUCUGGUCACAUCAGCAUGCAAAAUAAA